GAAGUGAGAUAAUAAGCGAAAGUUUCACAAACAGUCUUGGCUGGGGUUUAACACAGAAAGAAGGAAAACAGAGACGUUUUUUGUUUGAAUAUCGUCACGAGCUACUGAAAGGAACAUAACCAUGGCGGGAUUAAGAAAAGCAAAGAAGUAUAACUGGAAGGAUUCCAACAUGGCACUGUUCGGCUCCGACGUCGAGAAGGAAGUCAAAAAGUCUGCUGCCCAGACGGAGCCGGCCUGGGACGGUGCUGGUCAAGCUCCAGGCAUACAGAUAUGGAGGAUCGUGAAAUUCCAGGUGACUCACUGGCCUAAAGAACAAUACGGACAGUUCUAUGAUGGAGAUUCUUACAUCGUUUUAAAGACGACUGACGAGCCUGGAAGUGGUGAAUUAGCCCUACACGUGCAUUUCUGGAUCGGGAAGUACAGCUCCCAGGACGAGUACGGGACGGCGGCCUACAAGACUGUAGAGCUGGACACUCUACUGGACGACAGAGCAGUGCAGCACCGCGAAGUCCAAGGGCACGAAUCAGAACUCUUCAAAUCGUACUUCAACUCUAUCAUGAUUUUAAAAGGUGGAGCUGAGACUGGUUUCCGUCACGUGGCCCCAGAAGAAUACAAGCCAAGGCUGCUGCAUUUCAGUGGAGUUCGAAGCAGGGUAGAGGUCGUGGAGGUAGCGUUCAGCAAACGAUCACUUAAAACUGACGAUGUCUUCAUCCUCGACCUCGGAAGAGAUCUCUAUCAGUGGAAUGGAAGUGGAUCUAACAAGGACGAGCGUUUCAAGGCAAUGUCUUUCCUGUCCAACCUGAAGAUCGAAAGAAAAGCUACGUCUGAAACUCUGGAGGAGGACAUGCUGCACCCAGAGCACAAGUUCUAUGCCGCCCUGCCAGAAACCGAACUUGAAGAUGAGGACAGUGACGACGAAGCAGGUGAAGACAGCAUCGAAGAUAAGUUACUCUACCAGCUUUCCGAUUCUUCUGGUAAACUGGCCAUGAGUCAGGUGAAAACCGGAAACGUGACGCCGUGCGAUUUAAAAUCCGAGGAUGUGUUUUUGCUCCUUCACAAAAGUCUUGGCGUAUUUGUAUGGGUUGGCAAAACAACUUCUGAAAAAGAGAAAAAGAAUGGCAUGACAUAUGCUCACAACUUUUUGCAUGACAGAAAGCAGUGCUAUCUCCCUAUCACAGUGGUUCGUGAGGGACAACAAUCUGCUGACCUGUCACUUGCCAUGACUGCUUGAGUGUUUAAAAGACACUGAUGAACAAUGUGCUAUUCAGUAAGACGCUUGGCUGUCACAAAGUAGCUUAGACGCUUAGAUUCAUAUUGUGCCUCCGUCCAUUUUAGGAUCUAUCCCCUGGUCAUCGGACUCCAGGUCUGCACUCACCAACUGUAAUGAGUGAGGUUGAUCAAUAUACAGUAUGGGAUGACACUUACAUAUAUUUAUCGCACUUCCGUAAAAUAGUAAACCCUCUUGUUUGAUUUAUUUCCCUUUGUUUUAUUUAACUUAAAAAAACAAGUCUUAAGUUUGAGGAAGUUUGACGAGAAAGUUACUAGUUGUGACAAUGUAGUUACUGUGCUAUUUCACACUGUUAAAACUAGCCGUCUUCCGCAAUUUUUAUGAGUGUGAUCUCUCCUUUUUCCGCUGACCAAUCCCAAAUAUCUUAAAGACGAUGGUGACGAAAAUAUUACGGAAUCUGACGUUUUAAGUUUCGUAGCCAAGUCUCACAUUCCAUGCCAAAUUCUUACACAAAGUCAUGACAAAAUGUAACGUAAAAAUAGCCAUGUUAUUAAUUCAAUAUCUAUGAUCUACCUUUCCGCGAUUAAAGUAAUCUAUUUGCCUGUGGGGAAAGGUUAGUGAGUUGAAAGUUUUCUCUAAUAUAAAUUCCGACAUAUUUUGAGCAUUUUAAAAAUGUAUCAUAAUUCGUAUUCGAACGAAGUCCAAUAUUUAAAAUCUUUAUAAGAACAUUUGUAGAGUCGACUUGUUCGGAUUUUCUAGGAGAUUUUAAUGUUGUUAACAUCUAUUUGAUUCUAAUAAAUGAUUGACAAAGCACAGCUACGUUUUUGGGACCCUGAUUCUUUUUUAUUUUGUUUGUUAAUUCACUUGUUGAUGUUCUCUACUUCAUAUCUAUCAAUGUCGAUUAAUAAAUUAUAUGAUAUUUUGAAA